CCACGCAGGGAGGGACUUCACAAAGAAAAGAAAUGAAUAACGAUAAUCGCGCUCUCCUGGGGAACGCAUCUAGAGACGCACACAAUUCACAAACACGCAGAACUGAGAAAACGGCACCUGUACCUGGAAUUUGCGCUCUCCCAAUACAUACCACUGACUAGCCUAUUUAAUAUCUCCUGUCAGGAGAGCCACAAGCAGAAAAAACUUCAACGAGGACGUAAUUGGAACUUGCAUCAUGUUGGGAAGGAAUAUGAAACCUGCCACCACCGUGCACCAUGAACCCAAGGCGAUGGAACCCAAACCUAAAGCGCAGGAUCCGCUGAGAAGGCUGGGGCUGCUGGACGACCAGGAUGUCCGUGUGAUGAUGCAGGGCUCCAACAUGGUGAAGGUUCGCUCCCAGAGGUGGCAGAAGAGCCGUAUCCUGCGCCUGCUGGAGGACGGGGUCACUGUGUGGUGUGAGUCCACCAAGAGUUCCAGCAAGGCCAAGGCACAACAGACCUUCUCAGUUACCGAGGUGGAGUGUGUGCGUGAGGGCUGUCAGUCGGAGGCUCUGCGGAGGCUCUCCGGAUCGGUACCAGAGAACCACUGCUUCACGUUGGUGUUCCGAGGAACCCGGAAAAGUCUGGAUCUGUGCUGUCCGACUGAGGAGGAGGCACGCAGCUGGGUCAGGGGGAUCCGCACGCUGAAGGAGCGUAUCGCCAGCAUGACCCAGAAGGAGAAACUAGACCACUGGAUCAGUGGCUACCUGAGACGAGCAGAUGAGAACGAGGACGGGAAGAUGAGCUAUGACGAGGUCAAAUGCCUGCUCCGGAUGAUCAACAUAGACCUGAAUGAGCAGUACGCACGCACACUGUUCAAGAAAGCCGACCGGUCAUGUGACGGCCGUUUGGACCACAUAGAGAUAGAGGAGUUCUGCCGGGAGCUGAUGAGACGGCCGGAGCUGGACAUGGUGUUCAGGCACUACUCUGGUAACGGCUGUAUGAUGUCCACUGCCGAGCUGAGAGACUUUCUCGGGGACCAGGGGGAGGAGUGCUCCCUGAGCCACGCUCAGAACCUCAUCCUGACCUACGAGCUCAACGACUGGGCCAAGAAGAACAUGUUCAUGACCCAGAACGGCUUCACCAUGUACAUGCUAUCCAUGGAGAAUGACGUGUUCAACCCUGACCACGCCAAGGUGUAUCAGGACAUGACCCGUCCCCUGACCCACUACUACAUCUCCUCCUCCCACAACACCUACCUCACCAAGGACCAGGUGACCGGUGCCAGCAGCGUGGAGCCCUACAUCAGGGCUCUGAACCAGGGAUGUCGCUGUGUGGAGCUGGACUGUUGGGACGGGGACAGGGGUGAGCCGGUCAUCUACCACGGACACACACUCACCUCCAAGGUGCUCUUCAAAGAGGUCAUUGAGACAAUCGCCCAGUACGCCUUUAAGGCAUCUCCAUACCCUCUGAUCCUGUCCCUAGAGAACCACUGUUCUGUUGACCAGCAAGCAGUUAUGGCCAGACACCUACGCACCAUCCUGGGCAAGAAGUUGCUUACCAAGCCGCUCAGCGACAAACCCCUGAUGGAGCUGCCCUCACCUGAGGAGCUGAGGGGUCGUAUUCUGGUCAAGGGAAAGAAGAGUGAUCAUCUCCUGAGCCGGCUAGUGAAGAACAGCAGCUUUGACAACAGCUCAGACGACGAGGCAGCAGGCAGCAGCAGGAAGGACAAGAAGGACCCUUCCAGGGCGGCUUCGUCUAAGCUGAGCCCGGAGCUGUCUGAAUUGGUGGUGUAUUGUCGAAGUGUUCCUUUCCCCGGGUUCCAACAUUCUGCUCGCAAGCCACCUGAUGAGUUAUCGUCCUUCAAUGAGAAUGAUGCCCUCAGACUCAUCAAGGACUCAGGAAAGUUGUUUGUCAAACACAACUGCGGACAGCUGAGCCGGAUCUACCCUUCGGGCCAGCGUUUACAGUCCUCCAACUACGACCCCCAGGAGAUGUGGAACGGCGGCUGCUCCAUGGUGGCUUUAAAUUUCCAGACUCCGGGAGAGCAGAUGGAUCUGAACCAGGGCCGCUUCCUGCCUAAUGGUCGCUGCGGAUACAUACUCAAGCCCAGCUUCCUGUGUAGCCCCAGCUCCAACUUCAACCCGGAAAUCACCGGGGGCGGGCCGGGACACAUCCCCACGCAGCUCACCAUACGGAUUAUAUCAGCACAGCAGCUGCCUAAGAUCAACACAGACAACCCCAACUCCAUCGUGGACCCGCAGGUGUGGGUGGAGAUUCACGGCGUGUCCAUCGAUAACGCCAGAGACAAAACCCACCGCAUCGACAAUAACGGUUUUAACCCACGCUGGGACAGUACGUUAAGCUUUCAGCUGCAGGUCCCGGACCUGGCCCUGGUCCGCUUUGUAGUUGAGGACCAUGACCACACAGGGAAGAAUGACUUUGUGGGCCAGUACACGCUGCCCUUCACCAGCCUCCGGAUAGGUUACCGCCAUGUCCACUUGCUAAAGGCAGAUGGCUCCAGCCUGUCUCCAUCCACCCUCUUCAUCCACGUGAAGGUGUCCCGUAAAGGGGUCCACAUCAAGACUGUGUCCGAGCGUAUAGCCUUGGCCAAGAGCAAUGGCAAGACAUGACCUCCCUUUACCUGAACUCACACAAUGCUCAUCUAUAUUCUCCCCAUGGCUGGGGUUGAAGAGGACAAGCUGCCUCCUGCCUAGGUCUCAACAGUCAUUUCAUACCCCCCAGUUGAGUUGACAGGACAUGCAAGUCUCCUUGUCUAUGGAAAGGCAUCACAUCAGUCCUUCUCAGGCCUUCUCAACCCAAGAUGGAGGUCUAAGCUAUUAAUGAACAGUGUUUCAUGGAAGGGAAACUGGCAUGUUGCAGUUGUCAGAGUGUUCUGGAAUCACUUGUCAGUGAAUUCCAAGUGUUCCUGUCUGUUUCCAUGGAGAUAUGAAUCUUGUGCUUACCUGUUUUGCAACAUAACUCUGUCACCAAACCAAUAUACUGUAGAUAUAAAUAGGUUUUAACUGAUGUUUAUUUUUACUUGAAGCCAGGUCCUGAAGAUAAAGAUAAAGAUUUAGUUUAUAUGCUACCAUUUUUACGUAAAAAUGUUGGUUAUCUCUCGAAGGAUUUUAUUCAGGCACAGUAUGAAGUUGAUCUCUUUUCAUAAGGACGAUAGAAGAUGUUUAUGAUGAUGUUUUAUGACUGAAUUGAACAGGUUAAUCAAGCCUAGUUGUUAUGGUAUUGGUCUGUCACGCCUGACAUGGUAAGGUCAAAAUGACCUAAUGAAGAAGGUAAUACAUUUUAGCACUUAAUGUUUUUAUAAUGCUUUUGAGAAGAAAAAUAUAUUUGUGGCAACACUUUUCCUUCAAUUUUCAGUUGCUGAUGGAAGUUUUAUAUAUUACAGUGUUUGUAAAAUGUUCUAAUGUAGUUACAGUAUUGUAAUUCUCUCAGUAAUAUGAUUACUGUCUAUUUGACAUUUCCUUUAACUGUAUACAGUACCUAAUCACAGUCAAACAAAGAAUUUUGUAAUUUACCAUGCUUAUAUUGUACAUGGUCAAAGUAUUUAGCUUACGUGGAUUUUCAAGGUCAGUUUGUGUGUAAUCCAUAAUUGACUCUUGUUAUUCAAGUGCUUUUAUGUAACAUAUAAAUGUAUAUAAUAUACUAUUUAUUUAUUCUCACAGGCAAAUGCAUUUGAAUGUUAAGCCACUUGAAUUACGAAAAAACAAUAAUUAUUUUGAUAAUUUAAAGUACUAUAUUCGCAUGUGCCUGCCGUAUUUAAAUACAAGGAGCCUUGGAAUUCUUCAUUCUCGUUAAACCGAUACACACGUACAUAGCUCUAUCCCUUUCAUUGUAUACUCUAAAUGGCUAUUCCAUUGGUGUCAGAUUCAUAUGGUACAGUAAUAAAUUCAUGUUAGAUCUGAA